GAGCCCACAACUAUAGUUUUCUAACUAUUCGUCUCUCAGCUGUCCAUUGUCUCUUGUCCCUCAAAUAAAAUACUCCUCACACUUUCAGAUGUUUACUUUUCACAAAGCUGGAGAUUCAAUUUCAAUCCAAUCAUAGUCGUAGUGCCGCUAUCAAUCGGUUCAUCCAUCCGAAUUAUUCCUUCAUUGAUCGGAUAAUCUGUUCAUGGAGGUUCGACAGGAAGCGCCGAUGGACAAUUUAUCGGCCGAAGAACGCCAACAACGUCAUCCGUCGCCGUCCAAACAGUCCAAAGCUUCUCCGGUUCCCGUCGAUACUAAUUCAGUCACUCAGAGGCUCCAGAAAGAACUUAUGGCGCUGAUGAUGAGUGGAGAUCUUGGAGUAUCUGCUUUUCCAGAAGGGGAGAGCAUAUUUACAUGGAUUGGAACUAUUGAGGGAGGUAAAGGAACCAUGUAUGAGGGUUUAUCUUACAAACUCUCUUUACAUUUCCCCAUUGAUUAUCCCUUCAAACCCCCUCUAGUUAAGUUUGAAACAAUGUGCUUUCAUCCCAAUGUUGACCAGUGUGGCAAUAUCUGUCUUGAUAUUCUUCAGGAUAAGUGGUCUUCAGCUUAUGAUUGUCGAACCAUUCUUUUGUCUAUUCAAAGUUUAUUAGGAGAACCAAAUAUAGAUAGUCCUCUUAACAGCUCUGCUGCUGCACUUUGGAGCAACCAAGAAGAUUUCAGAAAAAUGGUACACAAACAGUAUGCUGGUGAAGAUGCAAUAUGAACUCCAUUCUUGUGUAUAUAGGUGUCCCAAAUAAUAUAUAGACAAAUCACAAAUUUGCAUAAUUGGUCCCUGUGGUUUCUAAAAAGUUUCCUUUUCAGGACAAUGUUGGAAAAUGUUACACUGGUAGUCAUUGUUUUCAAAACAUUGUUGAUAACUAUUUGUCAAAUAGAAACCGAUUCAUAUCUCAAGAGCAAAAAGACGAUUCUUAUU